UACUUUUCGGCCGAUCCGAGCCUAUGAUAGUUGUAACUUGUUGUUGCCCCUCCGCAGGUUCUUGCUCACCGCUCGGAGCCGCGAAGACCGAUCCAGCGCCUUUAUCUGUGUGUAGGUAAUCAACAAUUUCGUGUGGCGGCUGCAGUGUGAGUGCAAAAGCAAGGGCCGCCUGGAAACCGGACGCCCGACGGGGGAGUAACUGAAUUGGCACGGAACCUCUGCGCUCUCCAUUAUGGGAAAGGAAGGGAAGGAAUUGGUAUAUAAAUUGUCUGCUCUUCUCCAGCUAGAAAAAAAUUGUAUCGAAAUGCAUCCGUUCCCAUCCAUCAUCCAUUAUUCUUUGCCGCUGUAGCCUCUUCUGCACGCCCGUUGAACCGCCCGAUAUUCCAAGUUCAAGCCACAAGACGAUCGAUUAAUCCGUCUUAACUACCCUAUUUCGCCGGAUUUCUUCUUUGCACAUCUGAAUCAAAAUCAAAAUGCCUGCAGUCACCCAGCCCCGCGGCGAGAGCAAGUAUGACGCGAUCCCAGGCCCCCUGGGUCCUCAGUCAGCCUCUCUCGAGGGCAAGGUUGCCCUCGUGACCGGUGCUGGCCGUGGUAUCGGCAGGGAGAUGGCAAUGGAGCUUGGCCGUCGUGGCUGCAAGGUCAUUGUCAACUACGCCAACAGCACCGAGUCCGCCGAAGAGGUCGUCGCCGCCAUCAAGAAGAACGGCUCUGACGCUGCCUCCGUCAAGGCCAACGUUGGUGUCGUCGAGGACAUCGUCAGGAUGUUCGAGGAGGCCGUCAAGAUCUUUGGCAAGCUCGACAUCGUUUGCUCCAACAGCGGUGUCGUCUCCUUCGGUCACGUCAAGGAUGUUACCCCCGAGGAGUUCGACCGCGUUUUCGCUAUCAACACCCGGGGCCAGUUCUUCGUCGCCCGAGAGGCCUACAAGCACCUCGAGAUUGGUGGUCGUCUGAUCCUUAUGGGCUCCAUCACUGGUCAGGCCAAGGGUGUGCCAAAGCACGCCGUCUACUCAGGAUCAAAGGGUGCCAUCGAGACCUUUGCUCGCUGCAUGGCCAUUGACAUGGCCGACAAGCAGAUUACUGUUAACGUUGUUGCCCCCGGCGGUAUCAAGACGGAUAUGUACCACGCUGUCUGCAGGGAGUACAUUCCCAACGGCGAGAACCUCACGAACGAGGAGGUUGACGAGUAUGCUGCAAACGCUUGGAGCCCGCUCAAACGCGUGGGCCUCCCCAUCGAUAUCGCGCGUGUCGUUUGCUUUCUUUCGAGCAAUGAUGCAUCUUGGAUUACAGGCAAGGUUAUUGGAAUCGACGGCGGUGCUUGCAUGUAAAUGGGUCGGGAUUCGCAACUGGAGGUAUAUAAAUAGAUGUUUCUACGUACUUGAAACAAUGGAGACAGUUGCUACUCAAAGAUUACUGAUGCGUUGUUGUGUAGGGGGCGAAAAGCAGUCAAGAAGCUCCAGUGAUGUUGAUAUUGUGACAGUCACGUGACCUCUAGCCCCUGAGUUUUACUAUGGUACAGGGAGGGAUCCACUUCGGCACGUGAGCCGGAACUAGGUCUCCACAGUGCUGGAUCACCAACGAC